AUGUCGUCAAAGAAGAAAUCAGGCUUUCAGAAAAGAAAAGAAAGGCAAGAAAGGCAGAGGAAACAAGAUGAAGGAAAGCAACUGCUUACUGAUUUCUUUCCCAAGAAAGGCUGCAGGCUGGAAGGAAAUGAAAAGAUCACAGAAAUCACUGCUUACACAGGAGGCUCAGUACUGCUGCCCUGCUCCUGCACUGACCUCCACACCACACCUGAGACAUUCACAUGGGAGAAAUACAUAAAUGAACAGAAAUGGGUAAAGAUAUCUCCUGAGAGUGAGCAGUACAAAGAGAGAUUUCAGCUGGUUAAUGAUCGCUCUUCAGGAAAUCUCUCUCUGCUCAUAUCACACCUGACUGAAGAGGAUGGAGGAUUUUACAGGUGUAGUGUUAAAGGGAGUCAAUACAGAGACCUCAGACUCACUGUUAAAGGUUGCACACUAAAUCAACCGGCAGUGUAUAUGACUGGAUACGUGGGACAGUCUGUCCUUCUGCCCUGCUCCUGCUCUGAACUACAAGCCAAACCACACACUGUCACAUGGACGUUUUUAAAUGGUUCUGAUUCCAAAGAAAUCUUCCCAAAGGACCAGACAAAUGUCUACACAGACAGAGUUCAGCUCUUUAAUGAUCAUCUUCCAGGAAAUCUCUCUCUGCUCAUAUCACACCUGACUGUAGAGGAUGAAAGAUGGUACAGACGCACCGACAAAACCUUCAACAUCUGCACCAGUGACCACAACAACUUCAUCUCAUUCCAAACCAGGUACCACACACCACUGAUUAACACUGGAAUGAAAAAGGUUUAUUCGUCUGUUAAGCAUCUUCCCUACGUCCCCUUCGCCGUAGUGACUGUGUUCUUUCUGCACAUUAUCGUGGCUGUGGUCUAUUACACCACCAGAAAGAAAGGUCCUGAUACAGUUCAUUCCAGCAGAGCUGAUGGAGAUGGAGCAGUGAGUCUGUAG